AGAGGGAGGGAGGAGACGAAAGGUAGGAGGGAGGAGACGAGAGAGACGGAGGGAGGGAGACGCCACUCGUGUGGCUCUGGGUCCGCCAGAGACGUCGAGGCAAGCAGUCGCGACAUCGCUCUCGCAUCUCCUCCUCGCUCACCUCGCUGUCCCCCCCCCCCUCCUCAGCUCCUUGCGCAAGGUUUCUCUACACCACCACCCCCCUCUAGCCCCACGUGGUCGCUGGAAGAAGGACAUCGAGACUCACCGAGGACUAAGAGAGAGAGCGACCGUUCCUUCCUCGUGGCAGAGAAGUGACAACAUCAGGAGGUUCUCAUUUAGUUUCAAAGAGGACAGAUUCCCUGCCUGGCGGUGUUACCUGCUCACUGCGUGCCCCGAGACUCUCGUCUCGCUGAGUUCCAAUCCGACUCCGGGCUACGGAGAGGGGGAGCGCUAGACGAGGAGGCACGGCUGGUGGAGUGCGAGUGGACGCCGAGUUUCCUGGCUCUCUGUCGUCGUCGCUACGAAGAGACGCGCACGGGCACGGCUGGUGGAGUUCUGCGCUGAGAGAGGGAGACUAAAAAAUGGCCAUCUCAUCGACUGUCUGAGCCCUACUGAGAGGGUUCGCAAUCCGCACCAAGCCACCAAGAAGCCACCAACCAAACCCACUCCCGAGUCAGCGGCUCAACCGCACCGCGGCUGACACCUCCAUCACCCCACCCAGCACCACGACCACCACCAACCACGACCACCACCAACCACGACCAGAACUCCCGGCGAUGACCACCAAACCAGGCGGGGCCACGGCGGUCCUGGGCGACGCUCACGUGAAGCGCCCCAUGAACGCGUUCAUGGUCUGGUCGAAGGGCGAACGCCGCAAGUUGGCGCAGGACAACCCCAAGAUGCACAACUCGGAGAUCUCCAAGCGGCUCGGCGCCGAGUGGAAGCUCCUGAGCGAGGCCGAGAAGAGGCCCUUCAUCGACGAGGCCAAGCGGCUGCGCGCGCAGCACAUGAAGGAGCACCCGGACUAUAAAUACCGACCACGCCGCAAACCCAAGUCCAUGCUGGCGCUCAAAAAGGACCGCUUCGCUUUCCCGUUCCCUUACUUCGCGGCCGACGCUGACCACGUGGCGAAGUUGCAUCACCAGCAGCACCACCACCACCACCACCAGCAGCACCAGCAGCAUCAGCAGCACCAUCAGCACCAUCAGCAGCAGCAGGCGGCAGCGGCGAUCCUUUGUCCGAGGUCGCCCUCCGGAGUGGACCAUCCUCUGCAGCAGUGUCUGCAGGGCGUGGAUGAUCACCACAAGAUCCGCGCCCUGCUGCCCCACUACUCGCUGCUGCCCCGCGGCGUCGCGGACCUCUCCCCUGCGGCGCCUGGAUCCGGGGCAGCGGGAGGAGCAGCAGCAGCAGGAGGUGGUGGUGGUGGUGGUGGUGGCGGUGGUGGUGGUGGAGCUGCCACUGCAACUGCCGCGGCUGCCGCCGCAGCAGCAGCAGCAGCGUUCGCCUACCAGCAUCACUUCGGACAUCACCAUCAUCAGCAGCAACAGCAAGAGCAGCAGCAGCAGCAGCACCACGUGCUGGCGGGACAUGCCCACUCGCCUCACCACCACCCUCACCACCCUCACCACCCUCACCACCACGUCCCCGCUCCCCCCGGGUAUCUCGUGCCUUACAGUUGGGCAGCAGCAGCAGCGAUGGCCGGGGGAGCGGCGAUGCAAAACAGCCCCCACCUCGCCUAUCUUCUCUUCCCUCCGGCGCCGCCGGCGAGCCUGGCUAAGCCCACCGCCAUCGAGCCGCUCCGGGCCUCCCCCUACCCGUGACGUGCCGGAACGAUUCUGCGCAGAUCGAUGGUGGAAUUGGACGAUGAAGGCGGGCCGCAUCCUCCUCCUCCUACGCCUUCCUCUCGUCACGGGCACACGCGAAAGUCACUUUUCAAUCUCUCUUUAGAAAAUAAAAAUCACUGACACGGAUCCCCAUGCCCGCGUCGGACAUUCCGAGACGCGCAGCCUGGGAUUGUAACCACGAGGGGUGCCGCGAUAAUCGCGUCGACCGUGAUAAUCGCGAUAUAGCAGCGUGCGAUAACGAUGUUCACGAUAAUCGCCUCGUCGUUCAGUUGUGCAGAAUAUCUCUGCGCGCCCUCGUGGUGACGGUGGUGGCGGUGGUGGCGGCGGCGGCCGAGAUCGCUACUCGUGCUUGAAGCAUAAAUAAAUAAAUAUUAUUUAAUUCCCUGCCAAAAUAUUUAUGAAAUUACAAACUCGGCAAUUAAGGUUGUAAGUAAAUACGGUUUUACCCGUUUAAAUUAGUGCUUCGCAAAACGUUUCGAGAGUAAUUAAUGGCAUCGCAAUUAGAUGACGGCAUCGAUUGGGUAGUUAGUUUAAUCAUCUCGGUAUUUCUGUGGUAACUGACUGCAUGUGAGGAUGUUGGUCCACUCUUGCCCAUUUGCCUGUGACUUGAUCCUUACUUUUACAUCCCCCCUCUGCUCUCUAUAUCGUCUCCCAUCCGCUUCCCUUCUACUCCUCCACUAAAUAAACAAAACUCACGGAUUGUUUAGCCCCAUCCUGUAUCUGUCCCUCCACAUAAAAGAGAAUACACUUUUUUUUUUGACUCAUCACAUCAGCCCCCACCGCCUUGUUGGGAGCAUUAUUUAUUUUCCUUCAGCGGCAAACUAUGGAUCGGUUUCGACGUUUCGGUGUCUCAUCAGCAGAGUGCCGUAGUCAAGGCUCGCUUUUUGUAUUUUCUUCAGCAGCAUUCGUUCAUUCAAAACCAAACUCUGGCGCAGUUUCGACGUUUCGGUGCCGUAGUCAAGGCUCGCUUCAACCAAUGCUGAUGAACUGCCCAGAUGUUUGGAAGAUAAGGUCACUGUCCUUCUCUCCGUUGUCAGAUAGGGGUGGGGUCCUUGAUUUGACGCAAGUCUCUAGAACCUGUGUGUUUAUACGGCAGGAGGAAUCCGAUGAGCUAUAAAUAUUCUGAUUCUAUGAUACAACGCAGAACGAUCACCACUCGCGGCGCUGUGGAGAAUAUGCAGUAUUAGUAAUCACGGUAUUUUCUGCAUUUUGUCGUUUCUGUAUCGUUACUGAAAAAAACCCGAAAUAAAAUAUAUAUACUGUAUAUAUAACAACAAAAAUACAUCGAAAUAAAAACCGCUGGAGUCUUUGUCCAAGUCGACAUUGGAUGUCAAUGGGAAAACGGGCUGGCACUUUCCAUGAGAAUGUGGAAUGUCCACACACCGGCUCAGGGCCACCAAGAGUAUACAACAUGUGUGAGCCCUCUGCCCCUCCCCAUCGGCACGUGGAGGAGGGAAGAGCCACCUCUGACCAUGACGCUGUCUAUUCGCGUCCUCUCUCUCUCUCUCGCAUGAGUGGCCUAGUUUGUGCCGGAAAGGCGCCGCGUGUUUCAGCAGCAGCAGCAACAAACAACACAACACAAACAACAACAACAACAAUCAAAACAUAGAGUCGACUCUGACUUGUUGUUGGCGAUCCGCUGCCUUGCGGUGUCGCAACGGCGUCUCGCGAUGCCGAGUGGGGAACCAAAACAUUUGCGAGUGGCCUCGCGACGUUCGGCUACGUACGGUGCGAAAGAAGUUCGACGCACCGUACGCACUGCACGCGCGCGGAUCCCAAGUGCAGGAAAAGGUCGAAUGGGACCGCGUGGUCCGUGAAAUCGCGACCGCAGUCGCGUCCUGCAACUCGUCGUCAUGCACGCGAAUACUCGCUCAGAGCACUUGCCCCGAUCUGCUGUUCAGGCUAUACGGGGGAUCUUUGUCUUCGGUUUCCUUUGUGCGCAUGUAUACGUAUCCAUGUAUGUCUCGAAGCAAAUAACAAAGGCAAAGAUUUCACGGAGAGAAUAUGAAGGAUUAAUAAAGAAUUAAAGCUU